ACCUCUUCCCCACGUCCACAAACCGGCCGAGAUCACAACACACAACACGAGAAACUCCCGAAACUCCAACAUCAGUUGCAGCAGAGAGAUUUCUUUUCAAGAUGAGCGUGGAGAUCCUGGACGGGAAGACGGUGCAGAGCUUCGUGGAGGACGAGGGCGCCUUCAACGCCUCCGUCGACGGCCGCUUCGCGGCGCUCGACGCCAACCACGACGGCCUGCUCUCCUACGCCGAGAUGGCCGGGGAGCUCAUGAGCCUCCGGGUCCUGGAGAAGCACUUCGGCGUCGACGAGGCCGGCGCCCUGGGGCCCGACGAGCUCGCGGGGCUCUACCGCGGCCUGUUCGCGCGCUUCGACCACGACGGCAACGGCACCGUGGACCGCGACGAGUUCAGGGCUGAGAUGAAGGAGGUCAUGCUCGCCGUGGCCAGCGGGCUCGGGUUCGUGCCGGUGCAGAUGGUGGUCGAGGAGGGAAGCUUUCUCAAGGUGGCCGUGGACAGGGAGCUGGCCAGAGCUGACUGACCGAUUUUUGCUUCUGCUUGUACGAGCACGUGUAUGCUGCAGAGUAGUAGUAUGAACCAGGCAUCGUUAAGUCAGUAAUAAUCGUUAAGUGAGCUAAUGUUUUAAAUUUUUCUUUCGAGACGAGGACUACAAAUGCGGAAUGCCAUUAGGCUAUGUAUAAGUGUGCUUUCGCAAAAAAAAGAGGCUAUGUAUAAAUGUGAUUGCAUAUUUACAGUGGCAGUUAUGAUUAUUACUUC